AUGUUCAUCAAAAACGACCACGUCGGUGACAGAAGUCGUCUAGAAGACUGGAGAAUCAAGGGCUACGAUCCACUCACGCCUCCAGACUUACUGCAACACGAACUACCAGUUUCUGAAAAGGGCCAUAAAAUUAUUGUGGAAACCAGAGAGCAAGUGUGCGAUGUGUUGAACGGAAAAGACGACAGAUUGGUUAUUGUGAUUGGACCAUGUUCGAUUCACGACCCAAAGGCUGCGUACGAAUACUGUGAUCGUCUUGCAGAGCUUUCUAAAAAAUUGUCCAAGGACUUGUUGGUAAUCAUGAGAGCGUAUUUGGAAAAACCUAGAACCACAGUGGGCUGGAAGGGUCUGAUUAACGACCCAGAUAUUGACAACUCGUUCAAAAUUAACAAAGGUCUUAGAAUCUCCAGAGAAUUGUUCACAAACUUGGUAGAAAAAAUGCCAAUUGCAGGUGAAAUGUUGGACACCAUUUCCCCACAAUUUUUGAGCGACUGCUUCUCUUUGGGUGCUAUUGGCGCCAGAACCACCGAAUCCCAGCUUCACCGUGAGCUUGCAUCGGGUCUUUCGUUCCCAAUUGGUUUCAAAAACGGUACUGACGGUGGCUUGCAAGUAUCUGUGGACGCCAUGAGAGCUGCUGCCCACACACACUACUUUUUGAGCGUUACCAAACCAGGUGUCACUGCCAUUGUCGGUACCGAAGGUAACAAAGACACUUUCAUCAUUCUUAGAGGCGGUAAGAAGGGCACCAACUUUGACGCCGAAAACGUGAAAACGACUCAACAAGAAUUGAUUAAGGCCAAGGUUGCCGACGAAGCUGGUGUGCAGAGGAGAAUAAUGAUCGACUGCUCUCACGGUAACAGCAGUAAGGACUACAGAAACCAACCUAAGGUUGCCCAAUCCAUCUACGAACAGCUCACUGACGGUCAAAAUGCCAUUUGCGGUGUGAUGAUUGAGUCUAACCUCGUCGAAGGUAGACAAGAUGUCCCAGAAGAAGGCGGUCGUGACAAAUUGAAAUACGGCUGUUCUAUCACUGACGCAUGUAUCGGCUGGGAAUCCACCGAAGAAGUCUUGACUUUGCUCGCCAAGGGUGUGCAAAACAGGAGAAAGGCUCUUGGUAAAUGA